GUUAUCUCCAGGGCGCAACAAACAGUUUACUGUAGAUCAUGGCAUUACGGAGCCCGUUUUUUUCACUGCUGCUAAUGCUGCUGGGUCUGGCUCUGGACAGAGCCUCCACCUAUGCAUUCAACCCCAGUCAUCUUCAACAGCACAAAGUCCUCCAUCUCGACUGGCCAAAGGACUGUGGCCUUGCUCAUUUUAAACCAAAUACAGUGGAGCGUAUUGUGUCAGGAAACGAGGCAAAACCACAUUCCUGGCCAUGGCAGGUCUCACUGCAGGUUCGUCCCAGAGGCAGUAAACAUUACGUUCACGUGUGUGGAGGAACUCUGAUCCACAAAAACUGGGUUCUUACUGCUGCACACUGCUUCCAAAAAGGCAAAGCAGAGGAUGCUAGCAGCUGGCGCAUUGUUUUGGGUAAGCAUCAGCUGAAAAGAGCGGAGUCAGCUGAGCGUUAUUUUCCCGUGAAGAGGAUCUACAGGCACGAGCGCUUCCGUUAUCCAGCCCACAGUGAGCUGGACUAUGACAUUGCAUUGGUCAAAGCUGGAACAGAUAUCCAGACCAGUAAUUUCAUCCGAUACGCCUGCCUGCCGCGCAAGCAGACCAACCUUAAACCAGGGCACUAUUGCUGGGUGACUGGCUGGGGAGACACACGAGGUGGAAAAGAAAACGUGUCACUUGCCGAGGCACUGAACCAAGCUCGGCUCCCAGUCAUUGACUACAAGACCUGCCGUCAGAAGAAGUUCUGGGGUGACCGUGUGAGAGACUCCAUGAUCUGCGCCGGUUUCCGUGACACAGAAGGUACCCCAGCUGCCUGUCAGGGUGAUUCUGGUGGCCCUCUGCUUUGUCAGGUGGAGCAUGACCACUGGGAAGUUCAUGGCAUUGUGAGCUUUGGUCCCAUUGGAUGCACAGUGGAGAACAAGCCCAGUGUUUUCACCCGCACUGCAGCCUACAUCCCAUGGAUAGAGGCCACUCGCAUCAGAGACUUCUUCCUGCACUGAUUUCCCAUCUUUAAGAAUUCUUUGCCCACAUCUGCGGGCACAGGAAGCAUCUUGAUAACAGCUUUAGCUCCAUGUCCCAGUCUGGGUCUGGCCUUUGGACUUGGUCAACCAGUUGUGGUCCACGUAUUGAGAGCUGGUGUACAGCAUAGCCACCAGCCACCAAAGUUAGGGUAGUUUGCACUGCUUUGAGGGUCGUUUCCCAACAUGCAUGUGAGAUUCUUCAGGGCUUCGCUGUUGUUCAUAACUGUAAAGUUUUAAAACUGCUUUUAGCUAGCCAAGCAACAUUUUCUGUAAAACUAGAUCUGCAAGAGUCCUGGCUAUUGUACAUUAAACUGAUGACGCUCAUUUGGGCUCAUUUUCUGUAAGGACUGGCAUACUUUCGCCUUCUCUCUUGGGCAGUCCAGUGUACAGUCCUUAAGGUGCUUUGAUGGUCAGUUUCAAGUAUUGAGAGAAAUAUCUCGUCCCUUUGAUGCAAUGGUUUUAAUGGUUUUCACUGAACAGAGAGCAAGUAAUUUCCACACAAAAUGGAAAUUCUAUUCUUAACACUGUGUUUAUAAGCUAAUGCAAGGUAUUUCCCAAGAGUAUGUCCCUAAAAAUGACUAAGUUCCAAACAUGCAAAUUUUGUCAUCAUUCACUCAUCCUCAUGUUAUUCUAAACCUGUAUGACUUUCUGUCAUCCUUGAAAUACAAGAUAUGUUAUACAGGAUAACAGCCUCAGUCACCAUUCACUUACAUUGCAUCUUUUGAGUGAGUUAAUGAUGACAGAAUUUUCAUUUUUGAGUGAACAAACCCCUUAAUAAUUGAACGAGUUGAGGAAAAAGGGCUUUAAUUAGUUAUAUAAUUUAAUAUAUGCAUGCAUAUAAAUAUUUAAACUACAGAGAGAGUAUCUGGGGUAGUGGUGUAAUACUGCUUGGAUCAUAAUAAAUAUGAAUAUACAUUUUACUAUUAUUUAAUAGAAUAAAUAACUCUAAAGUCUUAAAAUGCUUUCACUCAAAAUAUUAUGUGGAGGGGAUAUCAAAUAUAACUAAAGUAGCUGAAUGAAUGACAUUUAUUCUGCAGUAAUAUGGUAAUUAUCACUCAUCUGUACUCUGUACAUUGACUGUCUAACCUGCUUAUAAAUAAACCAUUUGUAAACAAUGCCUGUCAAUUC